AGACCGACCAGGAGCAGCAAGUGCAGAUAGCGCUAAGCUAACGCUAGCUAUCAUAACAUUAACCCCAAUUUGGGGCUUUGGUCGGUCAUUAUUUUGUUAGCGAAGUCAAAACUGGCUUCACUGGUCAACCAUGCAGAAAUAUGAAAAGCUUGAAAAAAUCGGGGAGGGUACGUACGGGACAGUGUUCAAGGCGAAAAACAGAGAAACCCACGAAAUUGUGGCGUUGAAAAGGGUCAGGUUGGACGACGACGAUGAGGGAGUGCCAAGUUCUGCUCUGAGAGAAAUCUGUCUUCUGAAGGAGCUCAAGCAUAAAAACAUUGUCAGACUACACGAUGUUUUGCACAGUGACAAGAAGUUAACCUUGGUUUUUGAAUAUUGUGAUCAGGAUUUGAAGAAGUAUUUUGACAGCUGCAAUGGGGAUUUAGAUCCUGAAACUGUGAAGUCAUUCAUGUACCAGCUGUUGAAAGGCCUUGCUUUCUGUCACAGUCGUAACGUUCUUCACAGAGAUCUGAAGCCGCAGAAUCUUCUCAUCAACAGAAAUGGGGAAUUGAAGCUGGCUGACUUUGGGUUGGCUCGAGCCUUUGGCAUCCCUGUGAGGUGUUACUCAGCAGAGGUGGUGACAUUGUGGUACCGGCCUCCAGAUGUGCUAUUUGGUGCUAAACUUUAUUCUACCUCUAUUGACAUGUGGUCUGCUGGAUGCAUAUUUGCAGAGCUUGCUAAUGCUGGAAGGCCUUUAUUCCCCGGGAAUGAUGUGGACGACCAGUUGAAAAGAAUCUUCAGAUUGUUGGGUACACCAACUGAAGAACAGUGGCAGACAAUGACCAAACUCCCAGAUUACAAGCCAUAUCCCAUGUAUCCAGCCACCACCUCACUGGUGAAUGUGGUCCCUAAACUUAGUAGCACAGGACGGGAUCUACUCCAGAACCUGUUGAAAUGUAAUCCUGUCCAGAGGAUCUCUGCAGAAGAGGCCUUGCAGCACCCUUACUUUGCUGAUUUCUGCCCACCCUAAAUGUCAAAUUGCCUCUUGCUGAACCUCAGCCGCCAGAAUCAAUCACCCUUCACUCUGUUGGGUCAUUAGGACCAGUCCCAACAUGGCAAAUCCCUCACCAGUUUGACAACUCCUGCAUUUCAUUCUGUUGUGCCUCUGUGUGGAACAAAGUCCUGGUGGCUCUGAAAGGUUUUAGUUUUUCAAAAUUGCAAGGCUGUUUAAUUUGGUCCAUACAAGGCUCCCAGUUAGCACUAGUUUGGGAGGCUGCACUAUGUGUUGCAUUGAAUACAUUUUAUACCUGAGGAAAUGUUUGUCAACAACAAGUCCCUCUGCUCCAAAAUAAUUCAAUUCACAUGUGAUGUAUUCUUAAGAUUUUUUAAAUGUCUAUAAUGAGUGAGGCAUUUAAUCCCAGAUAAUCUCAUUUGUCUGAAUUCAAUACAAAACAUUAUUGUUUUUCUUCCUAUAUAGAUGUGUUUUGUAAAGCAGUCUGCUGUUAUUAACAGGAAUCUUUUUCUUGGUGGAGUCCGACUGAUACUGAAGUAUCAUGGCAGUACCAAUACUCCUUUGAGAGCUUAAAAAAAUCUGAUCAUUUUAAUUAUUAAUUGGCUGGAAUUCAUUCUUUAACAGAAACACAAAUUAUGAACUAUUACAAUUAAUUCAAUUUCCUGUCACUGAUUGGCUGUUACAUUCUUUAAUACUAUUUAACUGUGAUGAGCUAAUAUCUGCUGGUAUAUUGGUGUCUGUCGGGCUCUCGUAGAGACCACAUAUUCCUGGGGCAGCUAAUGCUACAAAGCCGCUAUUGAAAAAAUAAGUUAUAUUAAAUUCAUCUACCAUUUUUAGAAACUCAAGCGAGUGAUUCAUUUGAAAAUCAUAAAGGCUCAAGUCAAUGUUUCUCCCCUUUUUAAGAAUUGUAUGUUAUUUUUGUAACGCUUUAUUCUACAGGUGUAUUAUUUCUGGACAAAAUUCCUAAGAGGUUUUAUUGAUAGAAUUAUGCAGUUGUGUUAAUGAUUACUUAACAGAAUUGCUCCGAUUAAUCCAAGGUAUUAUUCAUCAAUUAUUAAUUUAUUAUCGGAAACCAUAUAUACCCAUGAAUGCUAAAUUGUUUGUGUGUGUGUAGGGAAAUUUCAUAUUUGUUACACUUGCUGUUACUCAGAAUUGAUCAAUUUCAAGUGCAUCAAUUGAACUGGAUCUCCUGUCUAAUUUGACCAAAUGACAUGGUUCUCUUCAUGAAAACAUCUUAGGAAAUUAUAGCAAUAACAGUGUUGCCGUUAUUUAUUUUCUCUUUCUUUUUAGACCACAAAAGACUACAAACGUGUACUUCUGAUGUUUCACAUACAAACAGUACAGCUCUUUGUCCCACUACCUAUCAUCACAAGAUUGUAUAAUAGCAUGGGAAGCUAAUUUAUAAUUAUCUUGUUCUCAGGCUUUUCUUUUCCCCCCGUUUUGUAUUUUUCUUUGUGCACUUUGUAACUGACAGUUUUAUUUGAAAUCGUCUAAUUAUCAAUAUUAUUAAAUAUGUGAACACUGACAGCCAGGAUUAUAGCCGGUUAUCAAUAAAUGGGCCAAUAUAUAUAAUAUAUGUUAAUAACUAGUGGACCAUUAGUGACACAUUGCUUUUCUUUUUUUUCUUUUUUUUUUACAUCAUUUUUAUCAUUAUACUUUUAGCCUUUAUGAGAUACUUUUUUAAAUAGUUAAAUUAGAAAUGAAGAAAAAAGGUUCAGCUAAUCCACUGAUGAUCUGUAUUUUCCAUAUAAUGAUUGUUUUGCACCAUUGGCUGUUUCCAUUUUGGUUACUUAUCAUAUUAACAUGGUCAACAGCUUGCAGUGUUAUUUAACUCCAGAUUGUUAGAGUGCUACUAAUUCCAUAAAAGCCUACAUAACGAGUUGUGUUUGAAGUAGCUGUCUUAAUAGGGAAAGGAUUCAUUUUCAUUUUGCUGAUGUAAGACAAGAUAAUGGAUGCAUGUAUUUAUUAAUGAUGGAAUGUCUGCUUCUUUCCUUUUUUUUUAAAACAUUUUAAAUGUAGCACAACUUAAUUUGGUUCAGAAACUCCUUUUGAAUGAUUUAUACUGUAAUACUCUCAUCUACAGCAUUUAGCAGGCCCAUUUUAGGAUUUCAAAUGAUUUUUAAAAAGUGUGUGUAUGGAUACAAUUAUGACAAAAAAAAGUAUUUCUUAAGAAUUUCAUUAACUUGUGAUGAGAGGACAUUUCAGACAAACUGAUGUAGAGUUACUUUAUACAAUUUUAAUUUUGAAUGAAGAGUGGAUUUUGCACUUUGUUAGUACAUUUGUUUUCGUUGGUAGAACUUGGGACAAAUGUUGUCGUUGAUAUUUUUUUCUGUAUAUUUCAGCCAA